AUGGGAUCCUCACAGCCUUUUUUCGAUUGGGCCGGAUUCCCAGCUGGGGUGCGCUUCGAGCCGACAGAUGUACAGUUAUUGGAUCACCUCUUGGCGAAGCUUGACGAGGAGCACGCUAGCAUAGACGACGAUGAACAGACUCUAAAGCCCGGCGUUAAGAGGCAAGCCAGCCGAGGGAAAGAGAACAUCGCAGGGGGUGUUGGCAGCAAGCCACGUGUCCAGAAGCCGCGCCGGCAGCAGCACCCGCGCGUGGGGGAGUUUAUUCCGACGUUAGGAUUCGAAGACGGAAUCUGCAGCGUUUAUCCGGAGGAUCUGCCUGGGAUCGUGACGGAUGGCACCACUCGGCACUACUUCCACCGCCCGUCGCGUGCCUAUGCCAUGGGGCUGCGCAAGAGACGAAAGGUCUUCUCAGAUCGCCCCUCCGCUGCCACUUUGCCGCCCGGCACUGUGGGGGGGGCGGAUGCGGGUGGAGGACGGGAGGAGUGCGGGUACAGAUGGCACAAGACAGGGAAGACUCGCCCCGUGUUUGCUCGGAACAGAAAGCAGAUCAGUUGGAAGAAGAUCCUGGUGCUGUAUGAGAUGCAGGCGCAGAGGGGCAAGAGGGUUUUCAGCCGCCUCAUAGCACUCACCCUGCUUGCGUCUCCCCCACCCGGCCCAACCCCCCCUCUUAUUGGGUGGAAGAAGAUCCUGGUGCUGUAUGAGAUGCGGGCGCAGAGGGGCAAGAGGAUCGGUUGGAAGAAGAUUCUGGUGCUGUAUGAGACGCGGGCGCAGAGGGGCAAGAAGCGGGGGGCGGACGAGCGGAGCAGCCCUGCAGGGGGCAGCGGGAAGGACAGGAAGACGAAUUGGAUCAUGCACCAGUACCAUGUGGGGGAGCAGGGCGAGGAGAAGGAGGGCGAAUGGGUGGUGUCGAAAGUCUUUUACCAGAUCCAGCAGAGGCAGAGUUCAGGCACGCGAGCAGGCAGCAGGGAGGGGUCUCUGCCCCCCCUUGGCCAAGGGGCAGACGAGGAGGAGUGUGGGGCCGAGGGGAGGGAGGACAUUGAAGCAGUAGGGGAAGGGGAGGGUGGAGGGGCAGAGGAGGAGGAAGGGGAGGAGGAGGAGGUGGUGGAUGAUAUCGAGGAUGUUAAUGACGAGGAUGGGGAUGGGGAUGGGGGUAUGGCAGGGGCGCCUAGAGCAGCUGUGGCAGGGAGAGGAGGAGGGUUGGUAUCAGGGGCAGGAGGUGCGUUUGUAGCGGCAGGAGGUUCGGUUGUUACAGCAGGAGGCUCUGCCGGAGCAGCAGGAGGCUCGGCUGUAACGGCGGGAAGGAGAGGAAGGGGAGGGCGGGGAGGCAGGGGAGUAAGCCAGGGUGGUCGGGGGGGUUCUAGGGGGGGUAGGCCCGCAAAGGGGGGGGUGUUGGCAACGAGGGGCACGUUUCAAGCAUCGCAGCCAUCACCCACGUCAGCCGCUGCUGCCUCGUUUGGUGCGGCGUUUUUGCCACCAGGGCACCACCCACCACCCUUACUCCCUGCAGCUUCUCCUGUUUCCACAGCAGCAGGUGCUGCCUCAGGUGCUAUUUCAGGUGCUUUCUCAGGUGCUGAUCUGAUAACCACAGCAGAAGUAGCGCCAGCAGGGGCAGCAGGCGCAUUAGCAGGGCCUGCUCGACUGCUCUCCUUCCACAACCAAGCACCCCCCUGUGGGGUCCAGGAGGGGGCUUUAUUAGGCACAGCAGGGCCACCAAACACUGGCGUUCCUGGUAUAGGGUUCACUCCUUUCAGUAGGAAAGGUGGUGCUGCUGGUGGUGGUGGCGGUGGUGGUUCUGUUCGUGUUAGCACUGGUGGUGUGACAGCAGGUGAAAUCACCAGCAUCACCAGCAACAGCAGCGGCAGUGGGCAUGGCAGUGGCAGCGCUGGGGCAAUGUUCCUUUCUCCUCCUCCUAACACACAGAGACGGGUGGGGCUUGGCGGUUUCAAACCCCUUGACACUGGUGCUGCUGCUGCUGGCGCUUCUGCUGCUGCUGCUGGUGCCGGUGCUGCUGAGCCUGUCACUCCAAGCAGCACUGCCAUGCCUGUUCCCAUCACGCCCCCCUCCGCGCACUCUGCCUCGGGUCUUGUGGCGUUGAAACCGCCUGGCUGGGGUGGAGAAGCAGGGCGGCUGGUGCCAUGCCAACUGCAGCAACAGCAGCAGGAGCAGCAGCAGCAGCAGCAGCAACAGCAGGGUAACCAUGCCGCUACAAUUACCCCCAGAACUGAAGCUGCUACAGCUGCAGAGUUAGUGGGCAGUGCAGGAGUGAGUGACCUGAGGGCGUAUGAGCAGUCGCUGGGAGACAGUGCCUCGGAUAUCGGCUCAUACCCACACUCACAGGAGGGUACCCCAGAUGACUACCCCUUCCGAUUCCUCUCCACGCCUACAGACGAGCACACUGAUGGCUCUCCCAAGAAAACCGAAAUUGGAGCUGUAGCAGAAGAGACUGUAGCAGGAGCGACUGUAGCAGGAGGGGAUGUAGCAGGAGGGAAUGUAGCUGCCAGUGUGACUUCAGCUGAUGCAGCUACAGCCGAUGCAGCAGCUGUAGCAGCGCCAGCAACGCCCCGGGUGCCCUCAUCUGCUGACGUGGCAGCCAGUGCUGCCAGCUCAGGGAACAUGGAGGCGGGCUGUGCAGAGGGAGGUACACCUGGGGUAGGCUGUACUGGUAGGACCACACACACCAGUGCAGGGAGUAGCGAUGGGGAUGGAAGAGUAGGAGGGGUAGAGGGUACAGGGGGAGGUAAGAGUUUGUGGAAGCCUGCUGCUAGGAGAUUCUCACCCCCUGCUGGUGCCAGGGGUGAUGCUAGGGGUGGCGCUGCAACCAUUGCUGGUGUGACAAUCACUGCUGCUGCUGUAAGCGACGCGUUAAAAGACUCGCUUAAGGAACCCUGGUCGAUCCCUACAAGCCAGGAUCUGCCUCUGCCGUCCACCCCCAUCUUCCUGAGUCAGGAGCUUCCCCCCAUUGAACACUUGCCCUCCUCACUGCCCUCCCUGCCCCCAUCACAAGAGCCUGUCAUGUGCUUUGAUGCAACUCAACCAGUGGACUUAGGAGAGAAGGAGGGGGAAGAGGGGAUAGGCGGACUGGGGCAAAUGCGGGAGAUUGGGGCAAUGGGGGGGACGGGGGAGAAUGGCAGGGAGCAGAGUGGGGGGGAGUCAGAGGAGGCGAUCCAGGAGACACAAGUAGAGGCAGAGGAGGUGGGUGCUGAAGCGGGUGAUAAGAGCAGAGCAGGGACUGCCACAGUGCUUGGGGGUGAAGCAAACAUGGAGGGCGUAAGGGAGGGGUUAUGUGGGCCGGGUGGGGGAGAAGUGACUGGGGCAGGGGAAGGUGCGGCGGUAGGCAGUUGUGGGGUUGCAACUGGGGCUGUGGGCGGGUGUGGUGCUAUGCCGGGUGCGGUAGGGAGCGGUAUGCUUGGUGCUGCGUUUUGGAUCGGCAGCAGUGGUCCGGGCAUGAGCAACGGCACGUGGGGCGAGUGGAUGGGGCCUGCUAGGAGCUCGAACCACGAGCAGAGCGAAGGGGACUCCCAGCAGAGCGGCAGUGCGAGUGGCUCGAGCAAGGGAAAGGAGGGCGGGAUGGCAAGUGGAAGGAAGGGGAAGCGGGGAGGGACGAGUGGCGGUAGAGGGAGGAGGAAAGGGGUUGGCGGUGGGGAGGGAGGGGGAGGGAAACGGCAGGUGGGGGGCUGGAGGAACUGGACGAUUGAUACAUGA